CCUGUGGGAGUCGCCUGUCAUUUGUUUUUGUGCGCACAAAUAAUGAAACUUAAUGGUUAAAAACAGUGAAAACAAUCGAAUUAAUGGUCGAACAAUAUACAGAAAGAUUUGCCGCAGUAAUCAUCUUUUUUUGUGUGAUUAUCGAGGGAACUCGGGGGACAUUCCUGCUCCGAAAUCAAAUCUGAUUAACCGGUGGAUUUGACAAGUCGCGAGUGUUCAAAUAUUUUGAUGCUCCGAUAAUUUCCAACGUUCAUUCUCCCCAUUCUUACCCUCGACGUUCGAUAAGUUAAUGAUGUAAACACGAACAAUCUUCGUGAGUUUUAGUCCCAUUAUUCAUUUGAUUAUCACCGAUAUGAAGUGUUUAGUAUCUGUUUGACCUCGAGCGCCCUCGAGAGCGACAGUGUUUAGAUGUGGUCGACUGUUUAUCAAAAGUUACUGAGAAAAACUCAACAAAACUGACUCAAACUGCCACAUUACCACUAUCAAUUCUUUUUGGAAAACAAUAUAAUAUAAAUUCUAAUAGAUAAGCUCUCAUAAUUAUCUAUUUUGGGAGAAUCGACAGUGUCAACAAGGUCAAAAAUUACGUUGAAACUCUGAAAAAACAAGGAAAAGGAGGGAAAAAUUAAAUAAGAUCCCCUCGACAAUUUUGAAAUAUAAAUUUUUAUUCAAAAACCAGAAAUUAUCGAUGAAAAAGUCACCAAACACUUGAAAACUCUCCAUAUAUCUGCAAACAAUUGAAACAAACAGAAUCUCAUGUAGAAAUUUCGAAAUCAUCUUCAAGGAAAUUCUCUGAAAUUGACGAAACUCGCCAAAUUGUUUUCCAAAAUCAUCAAAUAAUCUUCUAAUUGCGAUGAAAAAAUAUUGGAAAAAUUGUAGAAAAACCAAAUGAAGGAAACGAAACCGUGAAAUCAUUUAAAUCAACAACAGCUUUUGAAAAAUUAGUGAUUACCUAAACUGAUCAUAUUGACUUCUAAACUCGAAAAAUGUCAACCCCGAAGCCAAAAGAGCUCUUCCUAGCAUCCUCUCUGCGUGACGGUCUGGAAGACAACAACAUCAAUCAAGUCACUACCCUCCUGGAGCACAAGGAAGCAGACCCCAACAUCCUGCUCCCCAUGCACGGCAUCUCCCCCUUCCACCUAGUAAUCGGUAACGAGUCAGAGACCUUCGCAGAGGACGUCACGCGUCUCUUCCUGCGUCACGGAGGAGAUCCUAAUGUCAGGUCGAUCGAUGGAAUGACUCCAGUGCACGUUGCAGCCGCUUGGGGGAGGGUGAAGGUCUUGGAACUGCUCUUAGCCAAUGGAGGUGACCCUUUGGCCCUCGACGACGAGGGUCGCAGCCCCUUCCACUACGCUUUUGACGGUUGCUACUACGAAGCUAUUGCUUUGUUGGGGCAAUAUUACACAAAACGUCAGGAAGAUGAGGACUCGAGCGUAUCAGAAGGACCACCCAUCCAGGUGAAGUUGGAGAAAAUACUUGUGAACAGGGGAGAUGUCGUUGCCGAAUACGUCCCCUCGGAGAUCGAUUUAACUGAGGAUUCGAUGACCUCGAGCACGAUUGGAGAGACAACAGGUGGGGGGACUACUUCAGAGGCUCGAGAGUCCUCAACCUCCCCUGAGGACCCACCAUCCCUCCACAGUGACAACAUAACACUCAGGAGACACCAAACUUGCAGAAGUAAAAACGUGUCUCCAAUGAUUGGUCAGAAGAUAUUGAUGCUGGAUAAAGAGAGGAGUGCUGCUGAGGAGAAGAUUCUCAUCGGAGAAAUCAUUCACAGACUCUCUGACUCGUUCAAUAAAGCUGAGAAGGAGAACUUUAAUUUGAAGGAGAAGGAGAGUGCCAAGAAUGAGGGGAAGAAGAAGUUCUGCAGUCUUCUGCCGAAACCCAAGUACUUCAAGAAGGAUCUGGAGACUCCGAAAAAGAAGGAGAGGGUUUUUCCAGCACAUUUGGACAGUUCCAUUAUCAGCACUUCUCCUAAUUUCCGGAUCGGGGGGCUGGAGAGGGAGGAGACCACUCCCAUUCAGGGGGAGGCUACGAAGUUCAAGAGUAAUCACACCCCUAAGAAUUUUAGGACUCCUUCGGUCAAGACGACUUCCGUUACUCCUCAAGUCAAAAGCGCUAGUUCAACUCCUAAGAAACAAACUCCAGUUCCGAGAGUGGCUCGAGUUGGGAAGAGAGUCAACGAAAAAAUUGAUAAAACUCCUCUCAAUAAGACUUAUAAGAAGAAUGAUAUCUUGGAGUUCUCACCGGACGUUGAGAAGAAUUUGAAAAUGGUUAAUAGGAGACUACUGUCCAGAGAAUUUGCUAAGAAACUGGAGAAAUCUUUUGACGAUGAGGUUGAGGAUAAGGUUGAGGAUUUCAAGGGGAAGAAUAACAAUGAAAUGAAUAACGCAAAGUUCCUGAAGGUUCCUUCCGUCAAUUAUAAUGUUGAGCUGGAGAAUGUGAUUCGAAAUGAGGGAAUUGAUAAAUUGUGCAAUAGUCCUUUGAAAAAAUUAAAUGAUAAGAAUGACAAGAAUGGGGUCAAAUCGCCAGUGACAACUAGAAAGAAGAAAAAAGAGAGGAAAAUUGAAGUUGAGGGAAAGAAAUUUUUCUUUGAAAGCCCGGGGUCGUCAAACCCGAGGUCACUGACCUCAUCGCCCAAGAGAGAGUCCACGGGUGAGGAGAUAAGACUUUUGAACGAGAUUGACGAGAUUUAUCGGAAGAAGGGGAGAACACCACUUGCUUCUGUAUCGCGACUGAUUAAUGACUCGUUGGAGGAGGAGGGAAGUGCCAAUUCGGGGGAUAUUUCGUCGACAUUGGAUGCGACGUUCUCUCCGGAGAUGGAGAAAUGUUUUGGAGGAGAUUCUGAAGAUCUAGCGAAAAAUUUGGAAGACUUUGAUGCCUUCAGAACACCAUUAAGCUCCAUGAUGAGUUCCAGAUGUAGCGUUGAUUCAUUCUUCAGUGUUGAUGAGGAGUACGCUUAUCUCGAUCCUGAGAAAAAUGUCGCAUUCCUCGAACGUCGAUUACGCGUACUGCCACCUAGCAAAGCCGAGGACAUGAACAACGUCGUAAAUGAAUCUACGUGGAUCGACAUGCUUGAACGUAUGUCCCUGGGAUCAACGUCGAGUGUUCCCACCUCCAUCGGUCGCUGCAGUAUAAUAUCAGUCGAUCACCACUCCCUCAGAUGUCGUUUGAUAGCCCUUGGGGAAGCUCCUGGGCCAAUAACCGAUACAACUUUUAACGUUUACUUGAAACGUCUUCGAAAAUUGGAAAAAACUGUCAAAUCUACCCAAAAAGAAUUGACCCCAUGUGGUAAUGAACUUCCAGCCCAGAUUAACUACCCAAAAAAUAUCCCAAAAGAGCUUUUAUCAACGGAUUGGACAAUAGACCAUCAAAAGUACAAAGAGAUUGAGCAUGAAGCGUUCAAAGAGUAUGCGAGACCUUCGGCAGGGAGAAAUUAUCGAGGAGGGGCUGCUAAAGUGUCUUUCAAUUAUCUCUUAUUAGAUCCUCGAGUUACUAAUGAUCUCCCAAGGACUGGAGGCUCUUUAUCGAUAUCAGAACGUUGGAGAAUUUUUCUGGAGGCGAUAUUUUACGUUGGGAAAGGAAAAUCCGCGAGACCUGCUGCUCAUCUUUAUGAGGCAUUUGAUUUGUGGACUGGGAAAAAGAGGAAUGAUCAGCCUAGUGAUAAGCUGAAGAGAAUUAUGGAGAUCUGGAGGAGUGGGAAGGGAGUUGUUUCCCUACAGGUUUUUUCAAAUUCAAUGCAGGAGGAGGCCUUCACCAGGGAAGCUGCAAUGAUCGACGCUCUUGGCCCUAGUAAUUUGAGUAAUUGUUUGAGAGGGCAAUAUUACGGAAUUGUUGCUACUAGGAACAUGACGGAGAAGAAACUAUUGGGAAAGUUUUUGCUGUAUAAUGCAAUGCAGAUUUUUAUGCACGAGGGGGAACGACAGUUGUUCCCCAGGAAUGUAGAAUAAAUUUAUUUUCAUGUAGGUACAUCUAUUUGGAUAUUUUUUGCACAGUAGAUUAAAUGACUUCAGAUCUUGGAAUUAGAAGAUCCCCGAUUGUGAUUCAAGACGAGCUUUAAGGGAAUUUGUGGGAGAUAAUUUUUCGAAAAUGUAAAUAGUUUGGAGAGUAAGGGAAACGUUAAGUCAAUAUCGAACUGUUAUACUAUUUAAAAUGUACUGCAUUUUAUUGAAUUUAUUUUUACUUCAGAUUUUGUAAAUGAUUCAAAUGAUUAGUGCAAACAAUUAUGAAGUACAAGAUUGAUUAAUUGACGACUGAUCUUAAGGACAAUAAAGAAUAUUCAUAUA